CUCCGUGCACGCUGACAAAUUCAACGAUUAUUUGCAAAAUUAUAUAAUUUGCAAAACCAAUCCGCCCGCGAUGUACUUUGCUGGGAGCUGGCGAGCACAAGGCGUGAUUUCCUCUGCAGGUAGCCCUGUUUGCCGCCAAAGUUUUGCGCGGAUGGUGCCGAUCAGAGGUUGUCUGGGGGUCUCGGCGCCUUUCUUCCGCUUCAACUUUUACAUGUCAUUUCCUGCAAUAUGGUGGUCAAGGCAAAGAGACGAGCGAGCCUCCCGAAAAUAUUCACCCCCGACACCAGCAGACAACUUCUACUCCCGGGCCUGUGACUCGUGAGAGCCGCGGCGCCGCCGGCAGCGGAGCGACCUGGACCCGACAGCCGCCGCCGCCGCCGCCACACAAACAACACACACACUGAGAAAUAGAGGCACUCGUUCGGGUAGAUGCGAGAGGAGGGAAAGGGGAAAAAAAUAAUUGCAGCGGAUUCCCAUCCCGACCACCAACAUUUAAUUUUCCUGAGAUAAAAUGAAUGAAAACCGGCCUUCGAAGCAAAUCAAAGACCAAUUAGACCAAGGACAAAUAGCUGUGAGGGUGAAGAUCGAGAAAGUGUUGCCUGAAGAGGAAGCAAAGUAUGGACAGUGCAUUGCAUCAGAAUAUACCCAGAUAUAUCCUGCAGGAAUGGAACUGGAAAUGGGGAAGGUGAAAGAUGAAGAAGUGACGAUGAAUGAACCCCCUGGACAAUUUGACUACUGGUUUUGUGAGACCUGCCAAGAAUACUUCAUGGAAGAAUGUGCUCUUCAUGGACAUCCAAUAUUUGUUGCUGAUACACCUAUACCUGUAGGUACACCAGAAAGGGCGGCUCUUUCGGUUCCUCCUGGAGUGGCAAUUGUGAAGGAACCUGGAGGGGAGAUUGACGUUCGUUGUUUAGAAUCUAUCAUUUCAAGAGGAAAGAUAUUUGGACCAUAUGAGGGAGAAGUGUGUCAAACUGAUAAAUCCUCGGGGUUUUUCUCAUGGCUGAUACUUGGCAAAAAUAAUACCUAUAAGUCCAUUGAUGGUACAGAUGAGACCAAAGGCAAUUGGAUGAGGUAUGUUGUAAUAUCGAGAGAAGAGAAUGAGCAGAACCUCAUGGCAUUCCAGCACAAGGAGAACAUUUACUUCCGUGUCUGUAGGGAUAUUCACCCUGGAGAGAGGCUGAGAGUCUGGUAUAGUGAUGAAUAUAUGAAACGACUCCAUGCAAGUACACAAGACACUGUAGACAGAAGCCUCACAAUUGCAGCAGCAAAGUGCAAGAAGGCUAGCCUAGGAAGACAUUCCACUGAAAAAUCCACUGGAGAUCCAGGGACCUCCAGAAUACCAGGGAUUCUAAAUAUGGAUGAUUUUGAAAGACUGGAAAAUACCAAUCCCAACAAGGGUGGAAAACGUGACAACAAAGAUGGAGACUGCAGCCCAAGCCCUAAAAAGAAGAAGCUGGAACAAUUGUUUAAAAGCAUCCAUGAUUUGCCAGUUGAUAGUCCAAGAGAAAAGCUUGGUUGUCCAAUUUCUGGUCGGGGUCCAUUUGAACAUGUAUGUUCUAUGAAGCAAACUAGCAAUCUUCUAACUACCUCAUCUCCUGUACCUCAAAGGUCUCAGUUUGUAGCCCGCAGUGGACAGGAACAUGAAAUCAAUAAAUUGAAUACAGCACAAACAAAAUAUCCAUCAUCAAUGGACAAUCAAUUUCCUGUUCGGCAAAGGCUCAGGCAUCACGAAGGAGACACAUUCAACAGGCCAGGAACUUCUUCACAGCAAAGUAUUCUAUCUCAAUCAGGCACCAGAGGUGAAGGAGACUUCAGAUCCCAACAAAAAGUAAAUGAAAAGCAUUUAAAUACUGGUUUUCUCCAAGCAAUGGACUCUGGGUUCCUUCAAAAUACUGAAGAAAACAGCAGUGCUUUGCCACCAGAGAAUUCAGGUGGACAGCACAGGGCUGUGGCUGAAGAAGAUCUUCCAAAAAGCCAGCCCACAUCGUACUGUCCAAAUUGUGUAAUACUACAAGAGAAAAUUCGACAGCUUCAAGAGGAACUAGAUCGACUGAAGUCUAACUUGCCAGCUCAAGAAGGACGGACUCCUGUCCCAGUUGUCAUGGAUGACACAAGUGAGCAGGAGAUGGAUUCAGCUGACGAGUCGAUGUCCAAUGAGAUUCUGGCCACCACAGAAGAAAUAUCGAAAAUAUCGACUGGUGCAGGCCGGAGGAUCAGACGCUUUAAACAUGAGUGGCUGAAAAAGUUCUGGUUCCUGCGCUAUUCACCCACUCUGAAUGAAAUGUGGUGCCAUGUUUGUAGGCAGUACACUGUUCAGUCCUCCAGGACAUCAGCCUUCAUCUUGGGCUCUAAGCAGUUCAAAAUCCACACUAUCAAGUUGCACGCCCAGAGUAAUCUUCAUAAGAAAUGUUUGCAACUUUAUAAACUAAGGAUGCAUCCAGAAAAAACAGAAGAGAUGUGCCGGAACAUGACGCUGUUAUUUAAUGUAGCCUAUCACAUAGCAUUUGAAGGAAGGCAUUUUUCAGAUUUCAGACCAUUGGCUGAACUUCUGAAAAAAUGUGACUUAAAGAUUGUUGAUCAAUACUUGAAUGAGGGAGACUGUCAAACUUUAAUUCACCACAUAGCAAUGUCUUUUCGUGAGGAUCUCCUUGAGAGGCUCAGGGUGUCCCCAUUUAUGAGUGUGAUUUUGGAUGGGCAAACAGAUGACAUGAUUGCUGAUAAUGUUGCCAUCUACAUUCAAUACGUUACCAAUGAGGGGCCAGCUGCUACAGAGUUAUUGUGCCUACAGGAAUUGAGCUCUGCAACAGUGGACGGUUAUACACAGGCACUGGACAGGGCCCUUGGGGGCAUAGGGAUCAAAUGGAAAGAAGAAAAAAUAAUUGUUGGUCUGGGGGUUGAUGGAGCCAAUAUGACAACAGGACUAAGGGCAGGUUUAGCCAUGAAGAUCAAAAAGGCUUUGCCUUGGCUACUCUCUGUCCCAUGUGUGAUACAUAGACCUCACUUGGAAGUAUUGGAUGCUAUUAGUAGCAAAGAACUAACCUGUUUGGAAGAUCUAGAGAAUAACCUGAAACAAUUGCUGAGCUUCUAUCGAUAUUCCCCCAAACUCAUGUGUGAAUUAAGAGCCACUGCUGCAACACUCUGCGAGGAGACAGAAUUCCUGGGUGACAUUCGUGCUGUCAGGUGGAUCAUUGGAGAGCAGAAUAUCUUGAAUGCAUUGAUCAAGGAUUAUUUGGAAGUGAUAGCUCAUCUUAAGGAUGUUAGUGCUCAGACCCAUAAAGCAGAUGCUGCUGCCAUUGCUCUGGGUCUGCUACAAUUCUUGAUGGACUAUCAGUCAGUUAAGCUUAUCUAUUUUUUGUUAGACAUUACUGCUGUUCUUACACGGUUGGCGUUAAUUUUCCAGGGUGAUCACCUUCUCAUUACCCAUGCGGAUGAAAAAAUCGAAGAAGCCAUUGAAGAGAUAAGUAGAUUGGUGGAAUCACCAGGAGAAUAUCUGCAAGAGUUUGAGGAGACCUUUCACGAAAACUUUCAUGGUGUUCCUCUGCAAAAACUAAGAGUGGCAGAAGCCAAGUUUAAUUCAAUAAGAGAGAAGAUUUGCCAAAAAACGCAACUCAUUCUAGCACAAAGGCUGGAUUGCAAUAGCCGUAUCAUUAUUAGAGCAUGUCAAGUGUUUGACAUUACGACGUGGCCCCAAAAUGAGGAAAACCUGAUGAGUCAUGGUGAAGAAGAAAUUAUGCACAUAUAUAAGCACUUUGAAAUAAUUCCAUCUUUUACAAAGGAAAUUGGUCUGGAUGGCAGAGACAUUCGAGGUAGUUUAUUGCAGGAAUGGCGGGAGUUAAAAUCUGAAUGCUACAACAAGAAUGGUUUCAAAGAGUUGAGCUGUCACAUCUUUAAGUAUAAACAAAGAUUCCCAAUACUAAACAGAAUCAUUCAAUUAUUGCUUGUUCUGCCGACUUCAACAGCAGCUUGUGAGAAAAGUCGUGGUGCCUUUUAUCGGAUACGUAACAAUAACAGGUCUCGACUUAGCCUUGACCAACUCAGUGACCUUUUGACUAUUGCUGUUAAUGGAACAUCCAUUGCAAACUUCGAGGCAAAGAGGGCACUGGACUGUUGGUUUGAGGAGAAGUCAGGAAACAGAUAUUCCUUGUCUCCAGAGAUGUUCAACAAAGUUACUUCACUGGACCAGAAAGCAACAUUACAUGGUCUAGACAUGGGAACUAAUUGUCUAACAGAUAUUCAUGAAACCAUAAUGUAAAUGAUCGGUGCUUUUAAAUUGCUUAUAUAUUAGCUUCCCUAUCCAAUGAGAAUAACCCAAAAUAUAUUGAUAUUAUGAAAAUGGUAAUUUGUGACAUAUAGGUACAGAUACCAGACCAGCGAAGUCAAUAAAACUUUGAUAAACCUCACCGACAAACCACUGCUGCCCCAACCUAUAGGAUCCAAUUCCUAGAUUUAUUGUCGCCUUUGGGAAUCAAAUAUUGAAAGUUCAAAUAACCUGAAUGAAAUGGUCUGCUAAAAUGUUGGUACUGUUUUGUCACCAAAAAUAUUGGACUGCAGUUUGCUUUUAGUAAUGCAAAUAUUAGAUAAUAAGCAAAGUUAUUCUAAUUUUUAUUUGAAAACUGUGGUUAUUUAUGCUGCCUAAGAUUGAUACAUGGGUCACCUUGUUCAGUCUUUAACUAACCUCUUAUUUACAUAAACAAUAAAUAAGCAUUAACAAUUACUGAUUCAUGAGAGAGGGGAGGGAAAGAUCAUUAAUUGUUGGAAAUUAAGAUGGAAAUUAAAAUUCAGAUGAAGUGGAAGGGUGGAGAAAACAAAA